AUGGCGACGUCAGGAACAUACGUAGCGGAGGUGCCACUCAAAGGGUCCGCGGAGAACCACUACAAAAGGUGGAAGAGCGAAAAUCACAUUUUCUCGGACGCCAUCGGCCACCAUAUCCAAGGUGUGGCCAUGCACGAGGGCGACUGGGACUCCCACGGCUCCAUCAGAUCCUGGAACAUCACAUGCGAUGGGAAGCCUGAAGUCUUCAAGGAGAAGAGAGAGGUAGACGACGAGAAAAUGACAUUGACGUUGAGAGGACUAGCCGGUCAUGCUGUAGAGAAGUACAAGGUGUAUGACGUCAUCUACCAGUUCAUUCCCAAGUCAAAGGAAGGCUGCGUCUGCAAGAUAACACUGAUAUGGGAGAAACGCAAAGCAGACACCCCCGAACCCAUCAACUACAUGAAGUUUGUUAAAAGUUUAGUUGCUGACAUGGACGACCACGUUCUCAAGGGCCAGAAUGGUGCUUAA